CAGGGGUCCACCCUUCAGUUCGACUUGAAACUGUUAGUUUGAGCAAGUCGAUGGUCUCACGAUGUCCGGAGUUUGCAGAUCUUCAGCCUUUCGUUUUGUCUUGGUUUUCUACGGUAUUAUUAUUACAACCACAGAUGCGCAGACACCGACUCCUUCUCCAGCUCCGGCUCCAUGUGCCUUGAGAUCCAACACCAGUUGUGCUGAAUGCCUGCAGAAUGUAACAUGCUUGUGGUGUACACCAACCAAACAAUGCCUGGACUACCCAGUGAGGAACAUCCUGCCCCCCAGCAGUGUGUGUCCACUGAACGAUGCAAGAUGGGGAGUGUGCUGGGUAAACUUCCAGAUUUUGAUCAUCACCAUGUCAGUGCUGGCUGGCAUCAUCAUCAUUGCCAUUCUUGUCUGCUGCCUCUGCUGCUGCAAGUGUGAAAGAGUUGGAACUAAGAGAGAAGACGCAAAGGUGGAGCGACAAACCCGUGCGAGGAAGAGCCGUCAGAAAGCGAAGAGAACAGAAAUGCAGCUGAGGCAUGAUGAAAUCAGGCAGAAAUAUGGUCUGGCAAAGGAUAAUCCAUAUGCCCGUAUGAAUGAUCAUUAAGAAGAAUCUCAGCAAUGAUUCCUUAGAAAAAAUCCCUUAAGAUGAUCUUACUGAUGCCAGUAACAUUGAGAUACAUAUGCAGGAUAAACUGCACGUGAUUAUCUGAUUUGAUUUCAGUGAGUCAGUGUUUGCAGGAAAAUGUCACCAAGAUGCUCUGAAGAAAUUCUGACUCAUGCGUUAUGUUUCAAACACGGUCUCUUCAUCUAAUGAUUCAUUUUUUAUAUGUGGCUCUCUGCUAUUAUGCUAAAUUAAUAUUUCUUAUGCCUUUAUGUGGCUGUUAAUGGUUAUGUGGAAAUCUUUUCAGUUAACUUCAUUCCACACAGGAAACUAGAUGUGAGGGCAAAUCUUUUAAAAACAUAUAGUGCACCAUGAUAUGCAAACAUUAUUGUUUUAUUUUGCACAAAAAUAUUACUAAGAAUUCUACAACUGCAGAGCACCUCGGAGCCUGUGGUGCGUCUUUAAUAACCAGCAGUUUUAUUUUCAUACUAAAUUUGUGAUACACACUAUUUAACUGAUCGGCAUUCAUGUCUUAAGCCAAACCAUUUAUUUUUACAUACAAAGUUCAUUUAUGACAUGUAACACAUUGUACAUGUUUUUUUGCUAUUUUAAAUGUUGAUAAAUAUAAGAGUUUGUUUCAGAACUUUCUUGUAUAAAAGAAAUGUGUGUUCUUGAACUUACAUGCGAGGUAUUUCAUUUUUGUGCAGCUGUUGUUAAAAAAAAAAUUGUGACUAUUUCUAUUGAAAUUUAAUGAAUGUGAUUUUUCUUUUGUGUGAUAAGUUUUAAAUCAAUUUCCAAAUUCACAAAUGCGCCAUUUUUUCAUCCCCAUCCCACCCAUUUUUUUUUUUUUUUUUU